UCAGUCACUGGCAUAAGUCCAACCACCUCACAUCCUAAUAUAAUGGCAGAGGAAGAGAAGAAAACAAGAAAACCCAAAGAUUCGGCAUUCAGACAACAGCGUCUGAAAGCCUGGCAGCCCGUGCUCACUCCACGCUCAGUUCUGCCAACAUUCUUUGUCAUUGGAGUGAUUUUUGCACCCAUUGGUGGUGUACUUUUCUGGGCAAGCAGUAACGUCAGCGAAAUAGUCAUUGACUAUACUCACUGUGACGAAUAUGCUAGUCCCGUUAACCUGCCACAAAACUUAUACAGUUUGCAAUUCUCUGGCCAACCAGACUUAUCCACUCUGGAACCUCCUGUCUACCACUACCAAAAUAGUACGACAUUUUUGGAUACAUCCCGACAAAACCCAAACAAUCUGGUUAUCCCGCAAUGCAUCAUUGACUUCACAGUACCUCAAGCUAUGAAAGCUCCUAUCUUCAUCAACUACCGAUUGACUAACUUUUACCAAAAUCACCGCCAAUAUAUUAAGAGCUUUAAUGCCGACCAACUCAUGGGUCACCCAGUUUCCGCUGGGUCUUUGGGUCCAGAUUGUGACCCACUGAGAGAAUCUGGUGGCAAAGCUGUGUAUCCUUGUGGGUUGAUAGCGAAUUCUGUAUUCAAUGAUACAUUAUCUAACCUAAUUGCUGUCAACAGCAAUGGCAUGCAAAAUUACUCAUUCGAUUCUAACAAUAUUGCCUGGCCGUCGGAUUUGCAAAAAUACGGAAAAACUCAGUAUUCGCCAUCACAGAUCGUCCCUCCGCCGAACUGGGCAUUACAGUAUCCCAACGGAAAGUUUGACGAUCAACAUCCUCCACCGGACCUUUCGCAAGAUCAGCAUUUAAUGGUAUGGAUGCGAACAGCCGCGCUUCCCGACUUUCGUAAGAUAUGGGGAAAGAACGAAAACACUGACUUACCGGCUGGAAGAUGGAGAAUCAUGAUUGAUUCCAAUUUCAACGUAAAGAAGUUUGCUGGAACGAAAUCCAUUGUUAUCUCUACCACCUCGCCCCUCGGUGGCAGAAACCCUUACCUCGGAAUCGCCUAUAUGGCUGUUGGUGCGUUCUGCUUGCUGCUUGGCGUCAUCUUUACUAUUCGCCACUGUGUUAAGCCUCGAAAACUUGGUGAUACAUCCUAUCUCUCUUGGAACAAGCCGGAUGGUGGUUUACCAAACACAGGACACGUACUUCAUCAAGAGUAAAAAGCUUCUCUAUAGCUUUCAAGUCGUUUUCUUGCGAAUUUUCCAGUGUGUCCAUUGGUUUAAUGGCCUCGCUUGCUGUAAUUUUAUAAACUUCAUAAAUCGUGUUAAAAUGAAGAAUCAGAUCGAUUUUAUUGCCAAAUAGUGACAGUUUUAAGUCACGCAUAAGCGUUCGCAGCGAUAUUGUUUGUUCUGUACCGAUUUCAACCUCCACUACGACAUCUUGCGCAAUGAUGGCGUGCUCUAUAUGCUUACAUAUACUUUUUAUAUAAUUCACAAUGUAUUGCGUCUUACCUUCCUCC